AUGGCUACGACCCCAGCGGCCCCCUCCCCCGCCGCCACGACCUCGAGCACCGACUCCAAGCUCGAGGUCUGGAAGGAGACGCUCUACGACGCCUUCCAGAAGGCCGGUGACGAGAACCACCUCUUCAGCCAGUACGACAUCCUCGACUUCGAAAUCAUCCCCAACCGCGACACCGUCACCCUCCUCAAGGUCCUCCAGAGCCUCACAAAUGACCGCCUCCUCAUCGCCGUCUCCUCCCAGACGGGCCUCGCCUGGCGAUGGCGCUCCAUGGAGGAUGCAGAGAAGUACAAACUCUGCUCGACCGACGAACAGCGCAUGGUCUACGGCGCGAUCGACGAAGCAGGCGGCGACGGCAUCUGGUCCAAGACAAUCCAGCACCGCCUCAACAUGCACGACUCCGUCCUCAAGACAGCCCUCAAACAGCUCCAGGGCAAGGGCCUCAUCGCCCCCUUCAAGAACGUCGAGCACCCCAACAAGCGCAUGUUCAUCAAGGCCUCCAUGCGCCCCUCGGAGCGCGCCACCGGCGGGCCCUGGUUCACCGACUCCGCCUUCGACGAGGCCUUCAUCGAGGACCUGCAGCGCGUCAUCUUCGACCAGAUCAAGCGCAAGAGCACCUACCACAGCACCGGCGCCUCCUCCUCCGCCACCCGCACUGCCGUCCCGAAAAAGGGCGUGCUCAAGGGCGGGCUGGAGAACAAGGGCAAAAAGCGCUCCGCAGGCGAGAUCUCCGGCGGCGACAGCGACGAUAAGACCGCCGUGCAGCAGCCCCCUCCCAAGCGCGAGCCCGCGCUGCUGCCCCUGCCGGCCGGCUUCAAGGAGUACCCCACCGUGCGCGAGAUCGCGCGCUUCAUCUCGCAGACCGGCAUUACCACCGACACAAUCCUCGGCGAGGAGGACGUGCAGAAGCUGAUCGAUGUCCUGGUCUUCGACGGCCUCGUAGAGCCCGUCCGCGUGGCCGGGCGGACGGGGUACCGCGUCUGCAGGGCGCCGCGGCAGAGCCUGCAGGGCUGGGCGGGCCGGCAGGAGGGCGGCGCCGACGAGGGCGGGCCGGAGCCGCGCGUCAACGGGUUCACGGAGGCGCCGUGCGGGCGGUGUCCCGUGUUUGAGCUCUGCGAGGAGGGCGGGCCGGUCAACGCGAGCAAUUGCGUGUAUUUCCAGCGGUGGUUGGGGUUGGAGUGA